ACGUGUCAGUUUGUUUACCACGUAGCGCUGCAGCUGCACACAGAAAUAUCAUGGCUGUGGAUAUAACGUUACUUUUUAAAGCCAGCGUAAAAACAGUCAAAACCAGGAACAAGGCUAUAGGAAUAGGCUUUGACUCCYCGAAAGAUGAGAUUUUUAAGAAAAGCAGAACGAAGAGCGGCUUCUCGCCUAGAGCUAAAGAAGUGGUAGCAAACAUCACCAAGCUCCGAGACUUUCUGCUACAGCACCGAAAAGAUUACGUGAGCGGUGGAAGUCUCAUCUCAACAGAUCUGAACCGUAUGACGGACAGUGAACGAGACCAGAUCGACCAGGACGCUCAGACCUUUAUGAGAACCUGUUCUGAUGCCAUCAAGCAGCUACGCAGUGAAGUGGAGAAGCAGGCGACACCAGCCCAGGUUAAGGAGCACAGGGGUGCAGUGCUGGAUAUCAUUGAGCUGUAUCUGACAGGAGUAUGUAAGCUGUACUCUGAGCAGAGAGCAGUUAGAGUCAAGAGACUGGUGGACAAGAAGAGACUAUCCAAAUUGACACCAGAGCAUUCCAGAAAAGCUGAGAAGACUGUGGAAGUCGAACCCACAGAGGAGAAGACUGUUCAGGAGGAAACUUCUGAGAAGAACGUGUCUGAGGUCCAGAACAACUCCAUCAAUCUGUGGGAGGAGGGCCGAGUGGAGGAUGAGCUCUCUCCUGAGGAGAUUCAGAUGUUUGAACAGGAAAACAAGAGAUUGGUCAGUGAAAUGAACAGCCUGGUGGAUGAAGUGAGGCAAAUUGAAGGGAAAGUGGUGGAGAUUUCACGACUUCAGGAGAUCUUUGCUGAGAAAGUCUUACAACAAGAAAGCGAGAUUGACAAUAUUCAUGAGCUGGUUGUGGGUGCAACAGAGAAUGUCAAAGAAGGCAACGAGGACAUACGAGAGGCGAUCAAAAACAAUGCUGGCUUCAGAGUCUGGAUCCUCUUCUUCCUGGUCAUGUGCUCUUUCUCGCUCCUCUUUCUGGAUUGGUAUGACAGCUAACACAACCGUCACAAAGGCCUGAACAAAAGGAAACUAUCUGAAACCAGGACAUAAUGUCUCAAAAGGACGCGAUGACAACACUGUGAAAACCUUGUUCUGUGUGAAGCUUGUCGUCAAGUGGAAAUGACAUUUUCCUUGUCCUUGUAGUGAUUUUUCUUAAUUCAGUGCUUUCAGAGUAGCUUUCAUUCGAGUGCACUUCUGUAGAGGCAAGUUUUAUAUGGAGCACUUUAUCCAGUUUUGCAAUUUAUCCUGUGAAUGGACAAAGGUUGUUUUUUUUUUUUCUAUCACUAGAGGAGCGACUGCAUCAGUUUGUGUGAAACUCAACAGAAAAUCCUCCCAUUAAAAACAGGCCUCACUGAUUCUUGCAUCUUACUGUACAUUAGAUCAUUCUUUAAAAUACCAGAACUGUAUUUACAAACCUUUUUUUCUAGUAAAUCUAAUUGCUUAAUUUUGAAUUUGUCAUAUUUAUGAAGUGAUUGCAUCUUACAUUUGGACUGGGUUUGCAGUAACGUGAAACGCAUUGAAAAGAGAAUAAACUUUCAGUGUGUUGCUGCUAAACCUAAAUUCUUGUGACAGCAUUGUAAUUACUUGGAUUAAAAACUCAGAACCUUGA